AUGUCGAUGCUGGGAACGACACGCCGAUGCUACCAGCUCAAGGACAGGAUGAAGUGCAGGCAGAUCCUUUGGUCCAUGGUCAGGUGCAAGACCAGCCAAGCAGAACCCAAGAAGAAGGUCGAAUACAAGCCCAUCAGGAGUGUCCUGGUCGCCAACAGGGGUGAGAUCGCCAUUCGAGUAUUCCGAGCAUGUACGGAGCUUGGGAUCCGGUCGGUGGCCAUCUACUCCGAGCAGGACAAGAUGCAGAUGCACCGGCAAAAAGCAGACGAAUCCUACCUGGUCGGGAAAGGACUCCCUCCUGUCCAAGCCUACCUCAACAUACCGGAGAUCAUCAAGGUGGCGAAGGAGAACGACGUGGACGCCAUCCAUCCCGGUUAUGGGUUCCUCUCGGAGAGGUCAGACUUCGCCCAAGCCGUCACAGACUCCGGUAUCAGGUUCAUCGGACCUUCCCCGUACGUGGUACAACAGAUGGGGGACAAGGUGGCUGCCAGGCAAGCCGCCAUCGACUCCGGGGUACCCAUUGUACCAGGAACACCCGGACCAGUUACCACAUCAGACGAAGCUAUCGAGUUCUGCCUCAAGCACGGACUUCCGGUAAUUUUCAAAGCUGCGUAUGGAGGAGGCGGUAGAGGAAUGAGAGUUGUGAGGAACAUGGAAGAUGUCAAAGAAUCCUUCGAGAGAGCCAGCUCCGAGGCGGCGGCUGCUUUCGGCAAUGGAGCCAUGUUCAUCGAAAAAUUCGUCGAACGACCGAGGCACAUCGAGGUCCAACUCCUCGGAGAUCGGGCCGGCAACGUCAUCCACCUCUUCGAGAGGGACUGCUCCGUCCAGAGGAGGCACCAGAAAGUGGUCGAAAUGGCACCCGCGCCUCAUCUAGAACCAGCGGUAAGGACUAAGAUGCUUGAUUAUGCCGUUAAACUGGCCCAACACGUAGGAUACGAAAACGCAGGUACAGUAGAGUUCUUGGUGGACCAGCAAGGUAACUUCUACUUCAUCGAGGUCAACGCUAGGCUCCAGGUAGAGCACACCGUCACAGAAGAGAUCACUGGAAUCGAUCUGGUGCAAUCUCAAAUCAGGAUAGCCGAAGGUCACACCUUACCAGAACUUGGCCUCUCCCAGGACAAAAUCCUACCUCAAGGGUUCGCCAUCCAGUGCAGAGUUACCACCGAGGAUCCUGCAAAGAGCUUCCAGCCAGACACAGGAAGGAUAGAGGUAUUCCGGUCUGGUGAAGGUAUGGGUAUCCGUUUGGACUCUGCGUCUGCCUUCGCCGGAGCCAUCAUAUCUCCGUACUACGACUCCUUGCUUUGCAAAGUCAUUGCACACGCUAGCGAUCUUCACGCCUCCUGUGCCAAGAUGUCUAGAGCUCUUAGGGAGUUCAGAGUCAGAGGUGUCAAGACCAACAUCCCAUUCUUGCUGAAUGUGAUGGAUAACCAGAAGUUCAUCAAUGGAGCUGUGGACACCUACUUCAUUGAUGAGAACCCACAACUGUUCACUCUGGUGCCUUCCCAGAACAGAGCUCAGAAAUUGCUCAACUACCUUGGCAAUGUCUUGGUCAACGGUCCAUCGACUCCACUCGCCACCAAGCUCCCUCCGUCCGAUAUAGACCCUCAUGUACCCGCCGUACCUCUUGAUUUAUCAAGAAAAGAGGAUGGUGAAAUAGUAGUUUCUGAUCCCCCUGCGGGUCUCAGACAGAUUUUCAAAGAAAAGGGACCUGAAGCUUUUGCUAAAGCAGUUAGAGAACAUCCUGGACUUUUGUUGAUGGACACAACAUUCAGAGAUGCCCAUCAAUCCUUACUUGCUACCAGGAUCAGAUCUAGAGACAUCCUCAAGAUAUCUCCUUACGUGGCCCAUAAGUUCAACAAUCUUUAUGCCCUUGAGAACUGGGGUGGAGCUACAUUUGAUGUCGCCUUGAGGUUCUUACAUGAGUGCCCAUGGGAAAGGUUAGAAGACAUGAGAAAACUCAUCCCUAACAUCCCAUUCCAGAUGUUGUUGAGAGGUGCUAACGCUGUUGGAUACACCAACUAUCCAGACAAUGUUGUACACAAAUUCUGUGAACAAGCUGUCAUAUCAGGUAUGGACAUAUUCCGGGUCUUCGAUUCUCUGAACUACCUGCCAAAUCUGAUCCUUGGAAUGGAGGCUGCUGGUAAAGCAGGAGGUAUUGUCGAAGCAGCUAUCUCGUACACCGGUGAUGUAUCAGAUCCAAAAAGAACAAAAUAUGACCUCAACUACUACACUAAUCUAGCAACUGAAUUAGUUAAAGCCGGAACUCAUGUCUUGUCUAUUAAGGAUAUGGCUGGCCUCUUGAAGCCUAAGGCUGCCAAGCUGUUGGUUUCCGCAAUCAGGGACAAGCACCCCGACGUACCCAUCCACAUCCAUACCCAUGACACUAGUGGAGCUGGUGUUGCUGCAAUGUUGGCCUGCGCUGAGGCCGGUGCUGAUGUUGUUGACGUUGCUGUUGAUUCCAUGUCAGGUUUAACUUCUCAGCCUUCAAUGGGAGCAGUUGUUGCCUCCUUAGAAGGAACACCACUUGAUACAGGUGUCCACUUAAGUAACGUCUCAGAAUACUCUGCCUAUUGGGAACAGACCAGGACUUUGUACGCACCUUUCGAGUGCACAGUGACAAUGAAAUCUGGAAAUGCUGAUGUCUACCUUAAUGAAAUUCCCGGAGGUCAAUAUACAAAUCUCCAGUUCCAAGCAUUUUCACUCGGUCUUGGUGACUUCUUUGAGGAUGUUAAGAAAGCUUAUAGGGAAGCCAAUCUUCUCCUUGGAGACAUCAUAAAGGUCACACCUUCCUCUAAAGUUGUUGGAGAUCUGGCACAGUUCAUGGUCCAGAACAAGCUAACUAGUGCAGAAGUUAUGCAGAGGGCGGAAGAACUCAGCUUCCCCAAGUCUGUUGUUGAGUUUCUUCAAGGAGCUAUUGGAGAGCCCUACCAAGGAUUUCCUGAACCAUUCAGGUCUAAGGUUCUGAAGGAUAUGCCCCGUAUUAAGGGAAGGCCAGGCGAAAGCUUGCCUCCUCUAGACUUUAACAAGUUGAAAGCAGAACUGCAAGAACGUCACCCACACGCUACUGACAAAGAUGUCAUCAGUGCUGCUCUCUACCCCACAGUCACUGAAGAUUUCCUCAACUUCAAGCAUGAGUUUGGACCUGUUGACAAACUGGAUACAAGGGUGUUCCUUAUUGGUCCCAAGAUUGGAGAAGAACUUGAGGUAACAAUUGAAAAAGGUAAAACAUUGGCCAUCAAAUUAUUGGCAAUGGCUGAAGAUCUGACACCUGCAGGAGAGAAAGAAGUGUUCUUCGAGAUGAAUGGCCAACUUAGGUCUGUCUUUAUCAAGGACAAAGAGGGUGCAAAGGAGUUGCACAUUCACCCUAAGGCUCUGAAGAGUGCUAAAGGACAAGUUGGGGCACCUAUGCCAGGAACUGUAAUGGAGAUCAGGGUUAAGCCUGGCGAAGUCGUCGAGAAGGGAGCACCAUUAGUUGUCCUUUCUGCAAUGAAGAUGGAGAUGGUUGUUCAAGCUCCCAUUGCCGGCAAAGUAGCGUCACUUGAAGCCACCGUCGGCAUGAAAUUGGAAGGAGAUGAUCUCCUCCUCACUAUUGAAUAAAAUAGUUUCGUCGGGUUAAAUAAACUGCUUGUAAUGUGAUUAUCUGAAGAAACAGAAGACUUCUUUUUAUUUAAUUUUACCAAAAUAUUCAAGUAAUUAUUUGUUGCUUGUCUUUUAAGCCAUUGAUAAUGUUUAUCAAUGCAUCAUUUAAGAAAAGCACUACGAAAUAUUUGAAAAAUACUAAUGCAGAAUAUGUCAUAUUUUCAUCAAUUCUCUCUUCUUAGUUUCAUAAGCUAUUUAUAAUUAAUUUUUUUUCUAUCCAAUCACUUUAUUGAAAUUUGGCAAGUUUUAUUUCUGUCUAAAAGUUUCAUCUUCCUCCAAUUUGCCUGUAAUUUGAUUUGUAAAUUUUAGAUGUACAAUACUUAGUUUUAACACUAUUAGUUAUGAAUGUAAUUAUAGAAUUCCAUUCCAUUAUAGUUAGUUAUACCUUCGCAAUUGUUUUUAAUUAAGUUUUUAAUAUAGUUUAAAUUAAAAAUAUAUAUAUAAAGUUAUACAUUUUUAAAAGAGAGGCUGUUGAUGUGGAAUGCAGUUUUGUAAUGAAAUUGUACAUUCCUUUAUUUCUGUUGUAAUUAUCAAAAAUAUAUAUGUAAAUGCUGUUGUUAAUUAUUUGUAGGAUGGUAAAUUAAACGAAUGAACGAAAUAUAAUUAGUUAAAUCUAGUCAGUUAUUGAUUGUAUUUGGUUGUUUAAAUCUUUUGGUCCAGAGGUUACAGUCUGAAUCUGUUAAUUAUAGUUAUUUUUUUUAAAGAUUCAAAAUGUAACAACUUAAAUAAUUGUAUCAGACCUGUUAUAUUUUUUCUAUUUUAAUUUUAAUUUCUUUAUCUGUUUUACUUUUGUAAUAAGGAUUGUUUGUUUUGUAAACAUGAUCUUUGUUAUUUACUAAAUAUAUUUUUCUAAGUUUAUAUAGCCCUAUUUUUUCC